AGUUGUGAUUGACAUUUCUGGCCAUCAAAAUUUGUUACAGUUAGACAAAUUUAUAAGUGUAAAUUAAAUUUACAAGAGCAAAAUGCCGAUUGAAUUGCCUAUUGAUUUGUUAAAUAAACCUUUGUCGGAGAUUGUUUUCAGAAGGAAAAAUAAUGCUUUAUUUAAAAAACUAGCGCGAAAGACUCACUUUAAUGUGAGAGAAGUUGAAGCAUUAGCUAUCAUACAUAGAAAAAUAACACAAACUUUGGGUCCUAUGACAAGAUCGGUGUUUAGAGAUAUUUUGCACUCUGGUUUAGAUUUUACUGAAAAUAUUCGGCAUCUCUAUAUUGACAGAAUAUUUUGUGCGUUUGACAAGAAAAAUGUUCUGCAAAUUCAUAUGGAACAAUGGAUCGAAGGGCUUUCCAUAAUUCUUCGUGGCAACUUGAAUGAAAAAAUACAUUUCGCUUUUACUAUAUAUGAUUUUAUGCAUACCAAUAAAUUGAAGAAAGAGCAAAUAUUUCCUUCAAUGCGAGGUUGCUUGAUCAAAUUGCCAACGGACGAAGAUGCCGAUGAAGCUGUGAAGGAUUUGAUUGAUUCACUGUUGAAAAAGCUUGACAUCGAUCGCGACGGGCUAAUAUCCGAAGAAGAAUUUCACAGAGCCAUAAAAGAGAGAAAUCUACUACUGCUAGAAUGUAUGGGACCGGUGUUUCCGUCUAGAACUGCGCGACAAACAUUUUUGAGCACAUUCACGGAUCGACUUGGACGAUUCUGAUCCGUACGUUUUACGAUAUAAGAUAUAUUUGUAUAAUUGUGUAUUUGGCGCGAUUUUCGUUUUGUCAAAACUGUAACGGUAGUCUUGUGUAAUAAACCUAGCCGUUUGAAUUGCAUCGUG